UUCUUUGUACAGGGCAGGACAUGAGGAGGGUAAGUACUCACUGGUGUGUCAUGUUCACAGGGUAACACCAAAGCAGAGGGGAUAAGGAGGAUCAACACUGACCAUGAAUGAGACUGGUGAACAGUGGUUUUAGUAAAAUGGCUACUUUUUAGAAAUUAACAAUCAAACCAACAGCAGGAAUCUCAACAGUUCCUCAUUUCAGAGACGUGCAAACAGUGAAUGAGUGUUUACACAAGCACAGUUCAGAAAUACAUUACCUACUGUGUGCACAAGCGCAGACAUUAGUGUAUGUCAGAUAAUAAGGUUGAUUUGAUCCCUUCGGACUGUGGCCAUAUGCCAGUGGACUGAAUUCAGUUAGUGUGCUGGUUUUAGUUUAACAGGAAGAAAAGUGUUAAAUGAGCCUCUAAAGAGUUCAAACCUCUUAAAAGAGGAAUUAUUUUAAGUUUUAAUCACUGCAUAACGGACAGAUGAACUGUAUUUAGCAGGUGUUUGCAGCAGUCACAGUGGUAAUAUGAUAAAAUAACAGUUAAUGUAGAAACAGUUUAAGAGGCAAAAGGAGCAGUACCAGUUACAGUAACAAGGACAGUAACUGCCGUGCCAACAGUAGUUUUAUUACUUGUGUUAAUGUUAUGAGCUGUAAGCAGCAGUACUAACAAUAACAACAUAAGUCUGUGUAACAGAGUGUGUAUCAGCAGUCAUAACAGUCAUGUGAGGAGUCUCUGCAGUAAUAGUCUCACUGAUUGUUUGAACUGGAACAGAGAAGGUGUCAGAGCUGUGAACCAGCAGCAUGAAUACAGUGGAGGUGAAGAAGGGGGGUGAACCAGGUCCUGAGGACCAGGAUCUGUAAUCAGAGAACCACACUGCAGCUUUGUGAGUGAUCAACAGAGACACAUACUUCAUACCGCGUGUACCAGUCAGUCUAGACAUGCAUGAUUCUGCUGUUAUUCAACGGGUCCCUGUACUGAUCCUGGAUCAAGACUCGGUGAACAACCGUAAAAUCUGUGAUACAGUCAGAAUAAUUAAACGGCUAACAACAUAUGUUAGGUAAGAGUUUUCAUCAGGCCAGCAGCUGAAAGUCAUUUCAACAGAGAAAUGUAGACAAAAAGUGUUUAUAGGAGGGAUGCCAGGGUGAAAUUGGUCAGGGGGCCAGAUUUUUUUCAAGUGAGACCUCAGCGGGCCGAAUUACACUUUCGGAUUGAAAAGACCAAACACUGACUCAACAUCACUGUUUGAAAUUAUUCAUUAAGGCCUACACAUCAAAAAGAAAUUGCAUUGGCACCACAAUAGCCUCACAAUGAGGCCUACAAUUACAUAGAAGCCUAAAGCAAGUUACAGUACCCUCUCAAAACGUUACAUUGUCCUAUCCAUGCUAGGGCUGUCAAAAUUGCUCAAAAAUGACGUUCGAAUAUUCCCUCUAAAAAACACACAUAUUCAAACUAUUUGAAUAUCUAUUUGCGCAUUUUUCAAUGACGCGCAUCACAUCAAUACCAGGACAAACUAAUACAACGAGACAUAACUACUGUAUAGGUAGGCUAGUUUAUUUAAGUUUAAACAUAUUUGACAACAUAUUACCUUCAUAAAAAUAACAUGAACUAAUGGCCAAGACCGCAGAGCUCUCUCUCUCUCUCUCUCUCUCUCUAUAAAACAUAAAACAUUAGAUUUAAAUAAAAAUAAAACAUUAGAUUUAAAAAAUUUAAUAAAAAAAAAUAAAAAUAAAACAUUAAAUAAAAAAAAAAAAAAAGCUCUCCCAUAUCAACCCACGGGCCGGAUGUGAUGUUCAAUCGGUCCGGGUCCAGCCCGCGGGCCAUAACCAUGGCAUCCCUGGUUUAUAGCAUGUUUUAUAGUAUUACUGUAAUUUCCAGGGGUAAAUGUGAAAACAUGCAAAGAACUGCUCAUUUCCACAGAUAUAAAAUGAUUCUGAAGUUUUGACUGUGAUGUGUUUGGGGUUUGACUGUGGUUUAACUGGGGCUGACCCAUGUCUCUUUAUACUGUACUGCUGACAAUGAUGCCCGGGCAGGAAAAGAUACCAACCAGGCCCUGCGGCUCUGUUUGGGUACCAAGAUGACGGGGGCUGAGUUUGGAGCUGUGUCCGCUCUCAGCAUCAACCACGACUGCUCACGACUUCUCUGUGGGUUUGCCAAAGGACAGAUUACCAUGUGGGAUCUAGCCAAUGGGAAACUUCUGAGGACUAUCAGUGAUGCUCACCCUCCAGGGACAGCCAUAUUACAUGUGAAGUUCACAGAUGACCCAACUCUUGCCGUGUGUAAUGACAGUGGAGGAUCAGUGUUCGAGUUGGCCUUCAGGAGGGUGAUGGGGAUGCGAUCCUGUGACUCUCGGUGUCUCUUCAGUGGCUCUAAAGGGGAGGUCUGCUGUAUUGAACCACUGCGUGCUCCUCCAGACAUCAGAGACCAUCCCAUCACACACUACUCAUUGCUGGCUAUGGCCUCUCUCACUAAAAUUCUGGUCAUUGGACUAAAGCCCUCCCUGAAAGUCUGGAUGACCUUUCCCCACAGUAAGUCUGACCCGUCCAGUGUUCCUCAGCUGGCCUGGCAGUUUGUUCCUGUCCAGAAGACAGUCAACCCAGUCCUGGCAUUCUGUAAAGGAGACACAGUCCACUUCCUCCUGGUGAAGAAGGAGGAGUCGGGGACCAUUCAUGUCAUCAAGCAAAGACAGCUCCACCUCAGCUGUGACAUCAUCAGCCUGAGUUGGAUUAACAGUCGCACACUGGUCCUGGUGGACAGCCAUGAAAAACUGCACAUUGUGGACCGUCCCAGUCAGGAGGUUUUGGAGACUCUGGACUUGGAGCAGGUGCAACUGGUCUAUAACAGCCGACAUUUCAAAUCGCUGGCCACUGGAGGGAAUGUCUCCCAGGCUCUGGCUUUAGUUGGAGAAAAGGCCUGUUACCAGUCCGUCUCAAGCUACGCAGGACAGAUCGUCUAUCUGGGCACCAAGUCGGCUCACAUCAUGACUCUAAGGAACUGGAGAGAGCGUAUAGACUGUCUGCUGAAGCAGGAGCACUUCGUUGAGGCACUCUCUUUGGCCUGGUCCUUCCAUGAGGGAACUGCUAAGGCUGUGGUUGGCCUUUUUGGAGAUCCCAUAAAAAGGAAGGGAGUGGUAGAUGACAAGAUGGUAGAGAUCCUUUGCCAAUUUGCAGAGCAUUCUUUGAAGAAAUGUCCGGAACAAGGCAAGAUCCAAGUGAUGGAGCAACAUUUCCACGAUGUGGUUCCAGUCAUGGUGGAUUACUGCCUCCUGCUACAGAGAGAAGACCUGCUGUUCAACCAGCUGUAUGCUCGGCUUGUGGAGAACAUGGUUGCUAAGGGUGUUUUUCUGGAGGCGCUGGAGUCAUACAUUGUGGCGGACCGCCUUGGUCACCUCACCACACCCAUCAUGAGGGACCUCCUGGCUCAUUACCAUGGCAAUGGUAUGAUGGACAGCCUGGAGAGAUGCAUUGUCCAUCUGGAUGUCACCAGCCUGGACAUACAGCAGGUUGUUCAAGUGUGUUGGGAGAACCAACUCUAUGAUGCAAUGAUCUACGUUUUCAACAGCGGCAUGAAUGAUUACAUCACACCUAUGGAGAAACUCUUUGCAGUCAUUGGACCACCUCUUAGGGAGGGGAGGAGCCUAACAGAUGAGGAAGUGGUGAUGGGAAACAAACUUCUGGUGUACAUUAGCUGCUGUCUUGCAGGAAGAGCGUAUCCACUGGGAGACAUCCCCGAAGACCUUGUGGUUCAAGUCAAGAACCAGGUAUUUGAGUUCCUGAUUCGUCUCCAUUCAGCUGAGUCAUCAGAGGAGGAGGAGGUUUUCCCAUUCAUUCGUACACUCCUCCACUUUGACACCCGGGAGUUCCUCAAUGUCCUUGCAAUGACAUUUGAAGACUUUAAGAAUGACAAGCAGGCCCUUGAGUACCAGCAGAGGAUAGUGGACAUCUUACUUCAGGUGAUGGUGGACAACCCAGACUUUACUCCGUCCCAGGUGGGCGGGCUCUUCACCUUUUUGGCUCGACAGUUGGCCAAGCCAGACAACACGCUUUUUGUGAACAGGAAGCUCUUUGAUCAGGUUCUGGAGUUCCUGUGCUGCCCAGACGACGACUCUCGACACACUGAGAGGCAGCAGGUCCUGCUGGAGCUGCUACAGGUCGGGGGUGCGGUCCAGUUUAAUGAAGGCAGGCUGUUGGCUUUGGCAGAGAAGGCCAAGUUCUACCAGAUCUGUGAAUGUUUGUAUGAGAAGCAACAUUUGUAUGACAGGAUCGUUGACUGCUACCUGAGAGACCCACUGAGAAAGGUGGAGAUCUUCAGCUACAUCCACAACCUGCUGUCCAUGCCCGGUUACAGUCCUGAGGAGCAACAAACAGUCAAGGACAAAGUACUACAGCAUGUUCAGGAGCUGGUGACCCUUGACCCCAGCAGGUCAGCUGACAUGGUGGUGUUUCACUUCACUGAAGAGGUGCAGCAAAUCAUCUCUGAGCUUAAGGAUGACCAGCUGCUUUUCCACUUCCUCAGCUGUCUCCUGGAGCCUCGGGAAGGCCAUCAUUCAGGGACCGUCCUGCCUCUGGAACGUGACCUCCACAAGCUUCUGCUGGACUUACUGUGCCGCUUUGCACCCCAGCAGCUGCUGAGCUUCCUCCAGACCUCCCAGUACUACAGACUAGAGGAGGCCAUACAAACGACAGAGAAGUACCACCACAGUGAGGCCACAGCCUAUCUGCUGGAGAAGAAGGGGGAUGUUCAUGGAGCUUUCUCUGUCCUGUUGGAGACACUGAAGGAUGAACUGUGUCUCCUCACUGCUGAGAAAGAAACAGGAACUGAAGGAGGACAUGGUGAAGACGAGAAUCCCAGAGACUCAACUCUGACCAGAGUGAAGGACUCACUCAGUGACAUUAUCGCCCUGUGUCACCGCAACUCUCACAACCUCUACCAGCAACAGAGAGAGGCUCUGUGGUUUCCUCUUCUGGAGACCAUGAUGGCUUCUCAGAAACUAGUGAAGGGGUUUGAUUCCAAAUACACCUCUGAGGUGCUGAAGGAGCUGACGAUGAAGGUUCUCAACUGUAUGAGCUGCUUCAUCUCUCUGCCUGCCAUCAUCCAACGAAUACUGCAGGACCCUGUCUAUGGGAAAGGAAAACUGGCAGAGAUCCAAGGCCUCAUUCUGGGUAUGCUGGACACCUUUAACUAUGAACAGACUUUACUUGAAACAACAACCAGUCUGUUGAACCAUGAUCUCCACUGGUCCUUGGCUCACCUGCGCGCUGCUGUCACAAGGGGACUCCACCCACGACAAGACUACUGUAAUAUCUGCCUCCAGCAGUACAAGAGGAGGCAGGACUCAGCUGAGGAGAUCAUUGUGUUUAGCUGUGGCCACCUGUACCAUUUCCAGUGCCUGCAGCAGAAGGACUGUGGGUGGGGCAUUUCUUUAGAGCUGCAGCAGCGGUGGAGCUGCUACAAGUGUUCGUCUAGCCAAGGAGGAAGAGGCGGGGCUUCCACCGAACCAAAGAAAGGCCGCAGCACGUCCCUGGCUCAGACUCGUGUCACAUCGAUGCAUCAUGAUGCAGGAGCAGAGGUUCACAGGAAGAAGGUGUUUGUUGAGGUGACACUGGACCUUCAGCAGGAGCAGUCCUGGGAUCAGCUACGCUCUUUGUACCGAGGACCAUCCAGGCUGUCCAUCCUCUCAGACCUUUCCCUCUGCCACAGCUCUGAGAUGUCAGGAUUUCUUCUCCCAGUUCACCCAGGAACAGAGACAUUCCAGCUCAAACUCUCUCCUCCACCUCUGCUGGAGGAGUAGCUCUGUGGCUGGUUCAGGAUCAGUUUUUCCUUAUUUUGUCAGAGUCAAGUAGAAUUGAUUAAAAACUGAUUGAUGUUUCAUCUGGUUUAAUAUUUAUGACUAUGUUAAAAUGUUUAUUUCAAAACAAACUGUUUAGUAUUGAUAACGUUGAGUCAUCCUGAUAAUCUACUGAAUGUGCAGUUGACUGCAUAGGGAAGUGAUGCUAGAUGUUUGUUUACCAGCUCAUUUCAGUUUGUGUUAGAAACAUCUGUACUUUGAAUCAAACUUAAACUUCCGGUUUUCAUUGUCAUUAAGAGCAGAGUCAACCUCUAACUAAAUUCAUCUCACAGUAAGAAUGUUAGAAACUUCUAUCUUUUGGAUGGAGGGAAAACAGAGCUGAAAAUAUUCUCUAAAUGUUUGCUCUCUUCAGGUCAGCCUCUCUCUGCAGGAUAAUUAAUGAUUCAGCUGGUCACAGAUGAGGCUCUUGUGAAUGCAGUGGGUAUGAGAAAUUAACUGGUGAAUGCAGUUAAUCAUGAUGAAGGUGAACUGGUGAAUGCAGUGGGUCUUGAGGGUGAACUGGUGAAUGCAAUGGAUCAUGAUGAGGGUGAACUGGUGAAUGCAGUGGGUCAUGAUGAGGUUGAAUUGGUGAUUGCAGUGGGUCAUAAUGAGUGUGAACUGGUGAACCAGACUUGAUGAUAAAUGAUGCUAAUGCUAAAUGUAAAAUUGACUCACUGAAGCUUGUGGUAGCUCAAAUAUUAUUCUUGAGACAGUCUUGCUAGUUCAGAGUAUAUUUUAUUUGUGCUCGGUGGCAGACUAAUAUCUGCAGAGUCGCAAACAACUCCCCAUAUCCUACCUCUUAUAAAGAAGUACAAACAAUCUCACAUCCCUUGUGAUACAGUUAUGCACUAAGUUCUUGAGAAAACAAUCUCCCUUCCAGUAACUCUAUUUUACAAUCUCUUGCCCCUCUUCCAGAACACUUGUCCUGGUCAUGCUGACAUGAGUUCAGGUCAGCAGUUCAGUUUAAUUACGCACUAAUGUUGUCCACAGAUGUUGACAAAAAUACAUGAGUACAUACUGAAAUACUGAAUACAUGAGUGCAUGAGAUGUAGAUAGAUUAUUACAAUUUAGAUAUGACUUUUGCCACCACAUAGUCCUCCCUUCCAGGAUCUGCCAGGCCCUGGACAAUCCCUUUCCCCUUACAGGAUUACCUGAAAUCAUUCAUUCAUAUCAUAUUAAGACAGUUUCAAUGCAGCACUAAUAUCAUCUGAUUUGCACACUUGCAAAUAGAGACGAAAAAACCUGAAGUUGGAAUACAGGUAAAAAACCCUAUGACCCUCCUACUGAACGAUCACCUUUCACCGGCUUUCAACAAAUGAACGUAGCAAUGAAUUCGAUGUUACAUACUUAAGUAAAAUUAUAGUAGUAUAAUCAAAACUCAUUGUAUAAGUGUAAUGUGGUUAGACAGUAUAAAUAACUUCAACGCUACAUUGGAAUAUGCUGCAUAAAUGAAAUACACUCCCCUCCAAAAGUAUUGGAACAGUGAGGCCAAUUCCUUUACUUUUGCUGUAGACUGAAAACAUUUGUGUUUGACAUCAAAAAAUGAAUAUGAGAAAAGAGAUCAACAUUUCAGCUUUUAUUUACAGGUAUUUACAUCUGGAUCUGAUACACAACUUAGAAGAUAGCAUUAUUUGUAACGGAACACCAAAUUUUUAGGUGAGCAAAAGUAUUGGAACAUGUGACUGACAGUUGUGUUUUGUUGCCCAGGUGUUUCCCAUUACAUAGAUUAUUCAAACAAUAAAUAGCGCUGAAUGUCUACGCUCAGUUUCAGAUUUGGGUUUUGCCUGGGCAGACUGCAUUUAUAGUUAGAGGUGUAACCAACAUGAAAACCAGAGAGCUGUCUAUGGGUGAAAAAAAGCAAUUGUGAAGCUGAGAGAAGAUGGAAAAUCAAUCAGAGCCAUUGCACAAACAUUGGCCAUAGCCAGUACAACCAUUUGGAAUGUCCUGAAUAAGAAAGAAACCACUGGUGUACUAAGUAACAGACGUCAAACGGGUAGACCAAGGAAAACAGCAGCACUUGAUGACAGAAACAUUAUGAGAGCUGUAAAGAAAGACCCUAAAACAACUGUUAGUGACAUCAGCAACAACCUCCAGAGAGCAGGAGUGAAGGUAUCAGAAUCUACUGUUCGCAUAAGACUUCAUGAACAAAAGUACAGAGGCUACAUCAGAAGAUGCAAACCACUCAUUAGUAAGAAGAAUUGGAAGGCCAGGCUGGAAUUUGCCCAAAAGUACAGACGAGCCUCAAAGACUCCGGGACAAAGUUUUAUGGACUGAUGAGACAAAGAUUAACCUUUACCAAAGUGAUGGAAAGGCUAAAGUUUGGAGAAAGAAAAGGAUUUGCUCAUGAUCCCAAACAUAGAAGCUCAUCUGUGAAACACGGUUGAGGUAAUGUCAUGGCUUGGGCUUGCAUGGCUUCUUCUGGGAUGGGCUCAUUCAGCUUCAGUGAUGAUGUAACACAUGAUGGCAGCAGCAAAAUGAACUCAGAAGUCUACAGAAACAUUUUGUCUGCCAAUUUAAAGAAAGAUGCAACCAAAUUGAUUGGGAGAUCCUUCAUCAUGUAGCAAGAUAAUGACCCAAAACACACUGCAAAAACAACAAAGGAGUUCAUCAGGGGCAAGAAGUGGAAGGUUUUAGACUGGCCAGGUCUAUCUCCAGACCUAAACCCUAUAGAGCAUGCAUUUUACCUGCUAAAGACGAGACUGAAGGGAGUAACCCACCCAGAAUACAUAACAACUGAAAGAGGCUCCGGUGAAAGCCUGGAAAAGCAUCACAAAAGAAGAAUGCAAAAGUUUGGUGAUGUCAGUGGGUCACAGGCUUGAUGCAGUUAUUGCAAGCAAAGGAUUUGCAACUAAAUAUUAAGUCUUAUUCACGCCAAUACUUUUGCUCACCUAAAAAUUUGGUGUUCCAUUACACAUAAUGCGAUCUUCUAAGUUGUGUAUCCGAUCCAGAUGUAAAUACCUGGAAAUAAAAGCUAAAAUGUUGAUCUCUUGUCUCAUAUUCAUCUUUUGAUGUCAAACCCAAAUGUUUUCAGUCUACAGCAAAAAGGAAUUGUCCUCACUUUUCCAAUACUUUUGGAGGGGGGUAUAUAAUCAAGAGUGCAUAUGUCAAGAAAUAUUAUUGAACACGUUACAUUCUGACUGUAAACUGCUGUUGUACUCUUGUACUGCACUUGCAUUGUGUGCAUACUGUAUGACUAGAUUAAAUGCAUGAUACUAUA